UUCAACCCAACUAAUAGCAAGAUCAUAAAAAUACGAAAAGGAAAAGGACUUGAAGAACACCCUUGAAUAAGUGAGGACUUUCUUCUUCUCAUCACUAGCAGUACCUAUACAUACAUCCAUCAGUUCCUCAUCAAAAUAACAAUCAGAACCUAACACACGCAUAUUAGGAUAUACGGUUGAGAUACAGAGCUAAAAGUAUAGCCCCAUGAACCAAUCCAAGGAUCCUUUUGAAGUAGCGGCAGAGGAACACGAGGAAUCACCGCCUGAUUCUCCAGUUGCUCAUGAAUCGACCGAAGCUCAGACUGCAGCGGCGCCAAUCACUGUUGGUUCUCAUGGAGCUGAUACAAACAAUGUUGUUCGUUCUAUAACCUCGCAAAAAACAACUAUAAAGUCAGCAUCCACAUCAGCAGGCGCCAAAGCUGGAAAGAACAAGGAAGAUGAUGACGAGGAAGAAGAGGAGCAUAUGGAUGUUGAACUUAAUAAAUUACCUUCAUCGAGUGAUCCAUCCAAGAUGGCCAAGAUGCAGUCUAUUCUGUCCCAGUUUACCGAGGAACAAAUGAGUAGAUAUGAAUCAUUUCGACGGUCUGGAUUUCAGAAGUCUGUCAUGAAAAGAUUAUUAGGCAGCAUCACUGGAAGCAAUAAAAUUUCGAUGCCCAUGACUAUUGUGGUGUCUGGAAUUGCAAAGAUUUUUGUCGGGGAACUCGUUGAAACAGCCAAGGUAGUGAUGACAGAGAGAAAAGAGACAGGACCAAUCAGACCUUGUCACAUACGCGAAGCACACAGAAGGCUCAAACUAGAAGGCAAGGUACCAAAAAGGUCGAUGCAGAGGCUCUUUCGAUAGACAUCUUACUGUCUUGUAAAGUAGGUCCAUAUGUUCGAAAUCAAUUUCUAAAGUUCCUUUCUCUGGGUUUUUGUGUUCCCUUUGCUUUCCACAUUUAGUUUAGAAAUCUGUAUUUGAUGCUUAUACAACCCAUAGAACAUAUUCAUAGUGUUGUUGGACUAUAGAUUUUUUAUUGUAUAAUGCUUAAAAUGAAUGUAGUCACAGUAAUUUGAGUGAA